AUGAAUCACGAGAGAUAUCAAGAGCGCCUAGACCUAGUCAAAACCGUCAUCCAUAGCUAUGGACUCGAAGCCGUAGAAAUCACCCCCAUAGACUACGACGAAACAUCUCCCUUCGCCUACAACAACUAUAUCUACAAAAUUACCCUCACCACCCCCGCCACGCCAUCCUCCUUCUCCUUGCCCGAUGGUGGCCGCCGCCCUUACACCCAGCCGCCCCCGGCAGAGGGCGUCCGCGCUAUCGUAAUGCGCAUCGCGAACCCGAAGGCGGAGGGCAUCGUCCAGGAGACCCGCGUCGAGAACGAGGUGGCGGCGAUCCACCUCGCGCGUCAGGGUCUUGUAUCGUACAAGCCCGAGAUUGCGGGGCUCGUGCCGGCGCUGUACGACUGGCGGCCGUACCGCCCUUCCGAGGCGGGGGAGAAGGGAGCAGGAGAAGGCGGCCGCUACGGGUGGAGUCUGAUGGAGUUCAAGGAGGGCGUGCCGCUGGAUACCGUGUUCCGUGACCUGGACGACGGGGAGAAGAGCGAUGUGCUGGGGCAGAUUGCGGACGUGGUUACGGGGAUUCAGAGGGCGCCUUUGCCGGAGGGUAUCCGGUCUCACGGGGGCCUCACGAUCGAUGCGCGGGGCGAGAUUGUGGGGGGUCGGAUGACGACGCUCAAGGGCGGGCCGUGGGAGACGUACAGCGAUUUCUGGAAGGCGAGGUUGGCGCUCCGUCUGGAGGAUGCGGAUGCGAGUCCGGCACUGGAGGGGUGGAGGCCCAACGGCGUGAGGGAGCGCGUCGAUGGGUUCUUGGAGUCUGGGCUCGAGAGGUAUCUUGAGGGGUCUGGGGUUGAUGUUGGGAGGCGGGCUCUCAUUCACGGGGACCUCACCACGAACAACACGCUCUACGACACGACGACCAAAAAGCUUACAUCAAUCCUCGACUUCGACUUCGCCUUCAUCUCGCACCCCUGCCACGAAUUCUUCACAUCCCUAGGCGACGUCGGCGGCAACACGGGCGGCGGCACGGGACGGGACCCGGACCUCAGUCGGGGUCUUCUGGGGAAGGCGAUGCUGACCGGCGACUUUGACGGCAUCGGAGCCAGUCUUCCGCAAGAGGCCUCGGGGCAGCUGACGAGGGCCAGGGCGUGGGACGGCGCGCUGAGGGAGAGGGGCGCGCUGCGGCCCAGCGAGAUUGCCGGUAUGGCUGCGCUGGAUGGGUUGAGGAGGCUCGAGGCACUGGCCUGUCCUUUUGCGCUGGAGCAUCCUUUCAUGUUGAGGCGCAAGACAAAGGAGGAGAUUGAGGAGAUGAGGGAGGGUGCGGAGAGGGCGCUUGUUGAGUGCCUUGUUGGGUUUGGGUAUUGA